AUGGACAAGUGGACAACACGAAAUGGAAAAAUGAUCAUCAAUAUUUUGGUCAAUUCUCCAUUAGGUAGUGUGUUUCUUGGGUCAGUCGAUGCUAGUGAUGAAUCUACAAAUUCCACCAAGAUGUUCAACUUGUUUGAGAAGACUAUUAAGCAAAUUGGAUCGGAAAAAGUUAUACAAGUGGUUACCGAUAAUGCUAGCGAGAAUGUUAAAGCCGGUGACAUGAUAAUGGGUGUGUACCCGCACAUUUAUUGGACUCCAUGUGCUGCACAUUGUAUCAAUUUGAUGUUUGGUGACAUCUUCAAAAUAAACCCGUAUGCUUCAGUUUUUCAGAAGGCCAUUAAGAUACAUUCUUACAUAGCAAUGAGGCCAUUGUUGUUGAACAUGAUGAGAAGAUAUACAAAACAAAGAAAUUUGGUGAAACCGGCUAAGACAAGAUUUGCAACGGCCUUCUUAACUUUGCAAUCUUUUUACAUGCAAAAGAAAAACUUGAGAACUAUGAUCUUCCCAACCGAAUGGACAGAAAGUAUAUUUGCAAAGGAACUUUUGGGAAAAGAAGUUGUCAGACAUCUUACUUCUACAUCUUUUUGGAAUGAUGUUGUUAGGGCACUUAAAGUUGGUUCUCCUUUGAUAGUAGCGCUUCGCUUGGUGGAUGGAGAAAAAAAACCAUCAAUGGGCUAUAUUUAUGAAGCAAUGGAUAGAGACAAAGAAGUUAUUGAAAAGGGUUUUCAUGGUGAUCGGAAGCAAUAUGAGAAAGUUUUCGAAAUCAUUGAUCGGCGAAGUGUGGCAAGGUUACCUUGA